GGUGGCCGCCGCUGCGCCGUCGGAGGUCUGGGGGCCCCCCGGCGUCUGGGGGCUUCGGGACUGUGCGGCGGGCGCGAGCAGACGUGGAAGCGUCGGUGCGCGAGGGGCUGGGGCUGCGGGACCGGGGCUCCCGCGGGCGCUGAGGUGAGUCCCCUCGCCUGCGGACUGCUGGCCGGGGCGAGCGCCCGGGUCCGGGGCCGUUGGCUCCAGCCGCUCUCCCCUCCCGCCGCGAAGAGCUCCCAGGAGAGGGUGGGUGAGUGCGUUGGGGCGCGGGAGCCCGGGAACCUCACGCCUUCUACCCGGCGCCUCCGCAGUGGAGAAGCCAGGUGAGGAGCGGAGGGUCUGUGGCGAAGCCCUUCCCAAGCCCUUCCCAGCCCCGACCGGACCCCAUCGGGCCCCGGAGCCCGAGGGGACGCGCGGAGCCCGGCAGGAGUGUCCCCUGAGGCCACCGCCCGCGCCGAGCCCAUCCACGGCGGGCGACAAGCUCCGCGUCCCCUCCGCGUCCCCUCCGCGUCCUGGGGGAGCUGAAAAGGCUCCCAGCCCGGUGGGGGAAGCGGCGCUCGCAGCCUGCGAUCCGCUGCCAUGUUUCUCCGCAGCUGCCUCAGUUUCCCCCAGGAAGGACACAGGAGGGCCCGGACUCAUGCCAGCGUGCCCCCUGGACCCUCACUGCUGCCCACCCAGCCCUCACAGGAGCCCUUGGGCUGUGUCACCCCUGCCCACCCGCGUCACCCAGCCUCGUGGUUCCUCUUGACCCUGGCUAGGUGCUGCUCAGGCCGAGUUGGAGCGGGCAGCCAGCCUCCCUUGCCCCCUCCAGGCCGCAGCUGACUGCUCCAGGGGCAGGUCUUACAGGUGCCACCUUCCUGCUCGUUGGACGGGACCUGGGCCCAUGUUGCCAAGGACGGAGAGGCCCCAGGAGCCCCCUCCCUGCGGAAGGACAAAAGAGGGGCCUUGAGCCUGAACAGCAGCCCCUUAGGCUCGUUUCUGCCUGUUGGAAGGGAAGGCACUUUCACCACCUCUAACUGCACUCGACUGGGGGGCGGCCCUGGGCUCUCCACCGCAAGCAGCACAGGCCUUUUGUCUUCUGACCCGUUUUUCCUUAAAGGGCCAGCUCCCAAGGCUUGUCAGGAACGGAGGCCAGAGGGGCCACAGGCCAUCACCCAGCAAGUCACCACUAGGGUACACACCUGCCCAAAGGGGCAACUCCGGGUCUGCCCAGCGCCAGGCCCUGCCCAGCACCCCUAGAGCUCAGGUGCAGGUGGGGCCCCUAGGACAGAGUCCUCUGGGCAGGGGACCCAGGAGCUGCCCUGGGCUCAGCCUCCACCCGGGCUCUGGUGUCACCUCCCAGGGCCACCGCCCCCUCCUGCCCCACCCCAGCCGAGUGCAGCAUGAGUGCCGCUGGCUCGAUGCCCAUCUCCCUCCAUGGCUUUCCAUUUCCCCCCACAAGCACCUCCGGGCACUGCCUGCUCCACCUGGCCGGGCAUCAGCCAGGGGCAGGAAUCCCGGCGCCUCCAGCUCUUCCCAAGCUGGAGCUGACCUCCACUGUCACCCGUCCCCUCUCAUCCAAGAGUGCCUCCCCCAGCCCCACAGCCAGCCUCAGGCAGGGCCGCCUGGAGGACCCCCGUGGGAAGCGGCCACCCUGGGUCCCACCUCCCAACGCAGGAGCUGUUCACUGUGCCACAAACCCUCCUCACCCUCCUUCUGCGCUAGAACAUGCGCCGGUGUCCUCUUCCCUCUGUGAUGACUCGCCCGAGGCUGGACCAGCCUCCAUCAGCAUCCAGCCCCUGCCCCCGCGCCGGCAGCCGCUUUUUCUGGACUGAAACACACACCGCGUCCACUGGCCUCUCUCAAACGCUUGACCCCAAUCUCCACACUCCCCUGGCACGCUCACUUUCCCACUCGUCAAAAUUGGUCCCCCUCAUUCUCGAACUGUCCAGCCGCCCCACCCCCCACCCCCCAGCCCAGGCUUUGACUGUGCUUCACUGUUGAUAGAAACUGGGGGCUUCAGGCAGGGGCUCCCGCACCCUCCGUGCCCACUUGCACCUGGGCCUGAGCUCCGCUCGGCUCAGAGGCACGGCCCCUGCUACUGCCCUCAUCCCGGCCUCUCUCGUCCCGCCAAGGACUGGACCUGACUCCCUGCUGCCUCCCACUCUUCGGGGGGGGUCCCCACUCCUGGGACGUCCUGUGUCCCCUGCAGCGGCCGGCCCCCAGUGGCCCCUCCUGAACGCCGUGCCCCAGGCAUGUCGGACCCUCCCGCCUCUCCUCGGCCCUCCUAGGGUCCUGGCGGCCCUUUCCCGGGGCACCGGCUCCUUUUCCCACCUGGCCCCAGGUGCCCGGCUCACUCCAGCGUCCCCACAACGCUCCACAGGUCCUUCUCCCCUCAGCCCCCUUUCCCGGCUCCUCCUCCUUCCAGCUGCUAAAGUGGUCGUUCUCAUGGGGGGCAAUUUUGUCCCCCAACAGGCAUUUGGCACUGAC